ACCAGCUCCAGUCCAGGCGGGGGCGCUGUGGUUCACACGAGAGCGGCAUCCUGCAGGACAGGAAGUCAAGCCGGAAGUAGAGUUGAGUUUGACUGAAACAUUUUCUUUCUUUCUGAUGGAUUUUCGGGCUUUUUGAUCUUCUCAUGGAGGAGAAGCUGGUUCAAGCUCCAAUUCCUAGAGGGCUGCAGAAGGUUCUGGGAGUGGAGCCUCAGAGGAGCUCCAGGGCGGCGGCGUUCACUGAGGCGUUCCUGGCCAGCAGCCUACAGCAGCCCGACAACCAGGACCUGAAGAACCUGCUGACCCACAAGGCCGUGAUCCUGGGCUACACCCGGCCCAAGAAGCAGAGGACCAAGAGGAGCAGCAAGAAGGCCAAAGGGCUGACCGCUCAGCAGAAGAAGGCCCUGAAGGUCUUCCAGAUCCGACCGGAACAUCAGAGGUACCAGCUCUUCCUGCCCCUUCAUGACCUCUGGAGGCAGUACGUCCGGGACCUGUGCGGUGGACUCAGACCGUCAUGCAGUCCUCAGUUUGUGCAGCAGAAGCUCCUGAAGGCGGACCUGCACGGCGCCAUCAUCACAGUGGUCCGGUCCAAAUGCCCGUCGUACGUGGGGCUGUCGGGGAUCCUGCUGCAGGAGUUCAAGCACGUCUUCAAGAUCAUCACCGCAGAGGACCGGCUGAAGGUGAUCCCGAAGAGGAACAGCGUGUUCUCCGUGGAGAUCGACGGCUUCGUCUCGCACAUCUUUGGCAGCAGGUUUGAGCAGCGAGCCAGCGAGCGCUCCGCCAAGAAGUUCAAAGUUCACGGGAGCAUCGACCUGUGACGGAGGCUCCGCCUGCUGGACGUCGGAGGAACUGCAGGCUGAGCGGAGCUGGGAUGGCUUUUAUUUUGAAGGGUUGUUUUGUUGUUGGCCUCAGACUGAAGAUGCAGCGUUUGGGUUCUCUGAUCUGCUGUUAGAAGCGUGCACACGUUUGUGCACGUUCACUCUUUUUCAAUGACUUUAAAUGUGCAGAAAAAAAUAAAAGCAAACAUGUUUAUUUGA